GAGGCUACUAAGCUGAAACAAUGGUUUGCUAAGGAUGGUAAAAGUAAAACUUCAAUUUUCAUUUCCAGGGAAUGGUCUGGUGCAGGAAGGACUAUUGUUGUGAAGACUAUCUCUCAAAUCAAAGAUGAGAAGCUUGGAAUUUCUGAAAAAACAGAUUGGAUUUGUGUCAAUGGAGCUGUGAUAUACAUAAAGGCGGAUGAUUUUUACUAUACAUCUUGCCCUGUAAUGAUUGGGGAUGGACAAUGCAACAAAAACGUUACUAACAAAGGAGAUAGGAGGUGGCGGUGUGACCUGUGUGAUCAAUCUGUUGAUGAAUGUGAUCAUAGGUACAUACUCUCGCUUCAGAUAGAAGAUCACACGGGCUUAACAUGGUUAGCUGCUUUCCAGGAAUCAGGUGAGGAGCUUAUGGGAAUGUCCGCCAAAGAUCUUCAUUUUAUGAAGUUUGAGAAACAAGAUGACGAUGGGUUUCUAAAAGUUAUUCGGCAAGUUAUGUUUAUAUUCAAGUUGAAAGUGGAAGAGGAAACAUUCAGUGAUGACCACGUCUAG